AUGAAGCUACUGUUCGUGAUUCUUCUUCUUUCCACUUGUGUCUUGGCUGCAUUAUCUCCCGAACAAAUUACUAAACUCGAGCCAAUCAGCAAAAAAUGUAGAACGGAAUCUGGCCUAACCGUAGAAGAAGUAACUAAACUCCGCACUACUCAACAAUAUGAAAAUUCUCCUAAACUUAGAAAACAGGCUCUUUGCCUCUAUAAAAAGACUGGAUUCAUUUCGGAGUCAGGGGACAUCAACAGCGAAGUUGUCAAAAGUAGACUACAGGCGGCUGGAGCCAGUGACGACACAAUCGCCAACAUUUUGAAGUCCGCCAAAAACACACCGGAAGAAACAGCGUUUGCAUUGUCAAAGUCCAUUCACAGUAAUGUAGAAAAUUUUUCACCAACUGACUAA